AUGGCGACAACCCAUACUGAAGCCCCGAAAGAGGACACCAUCACUCAUGUCGAGCACUCUGCGCCUCCGCAUACACGUCAUGUCGAGAAAGCCGAUGCUGCGGCCAAGUUUCUAGCCAACGUCCAUGUCAACGAUGCAUCGUUCUCUUACGAAGAAGAGCGCGCACUCCUCAAGCGCGUGGACUAUCGAGUUCUCCCCCUUCUGCUAGGAGCCUACUUCUUCCAGCAACUCGACAAGUCCUCCUUAUCCUACGUCUCCAUCUUCGGUCUGCAGAAAGACGCAGGCCUAGUAGGACGUCAAUACUCAUGGCUUGGUUCUAUCCUUUAUCUCGCCCAGUUAGUCAUGCAACCGCUCGCCGCAUUUAUUCUCGUCAAACUACCCACUGGAAAGGUCAUUGGAACAGCUAUCUUCCUCUGGGGUAGCAGCCUGGCUAUCAUGUCCGCUUGUACUGAUUUCAAAAGCCUCCUCGGUAUGCGAUUCGUAUUGGGUUCCUUCGAAGCUAUGAUAGCUCCUGCGUGUGUCGCGACUACGACGAUGUGGUGGCGCCGUUCUGAACAAACUCUUCGAACGGGUUAUUGGAAUGCUAUGAACGGCGUUACAUUCGUCGUUGGGUCGCUUUUCACCUACGGACUUGGACACAUUGACAGCGACUCGCUGUACAAGUACCAGGUCAUCUUCAUGUUCUGCGGUCUCUUGACUGUAGCGUAUGCUUUUGUCGUCCUCGUCUUGAUGCCGGAUAGCCCGAUGAAAGCGAAGUACUUGACCGAGCGAGAACGGUUCAUUGCGGUCGAGCGGUUACGGGCUAACCAAAUGGGUAUCCAGUCUGGAGAAUGGAAGUGGGAUCAGGUCUGGGAGACGUUGAUUGACUUUAAAACUUGGUGUUGGUUCAUUGCCAUUAUCGCUAUCUCCAUAGCGAGCGGCGGCAUAUCCACCUUUGGCAACCUCAUCAUCCGCGACUUUGGUUAUACCAACUUCCAAUCCAUUCUUUUUAACAUCCCUUUCGGUGUGAUCCAGAUCGUCUGCAUCCUGGGCUCCUCUUGGGGAGCAACACGCUGGAGUCGCAAAGGUCUCGUCAUUGCUCUUGUCGCUAUCCUUCCCAUUGUCGGCACGAUCAUGAUGUUGACUGUGCCUCGUCAGCAUAAAGGCGUCUUGCUCUUCGGAUACUACCUCGUAUCAUGUCUCGCCGCCAUCACACCUUUAAUAUACACUUGGCAUGUGCAGAACACUGCUGGCGACACGAAGAAGAAGUGUACCUCGGCUAUGGUGUUCAUCGGCAUGUGUACAGGUAACGUCAUCGGUCCGCUCUUGUACUCUGUUGACGACGCACCUCUAUAUCGGCCCGGUCUUAUCUCCAACCUGGUAAUGUUUGCGCUGGUCGCUAUUGUCGCACUUCUCAUUCCCAUGUACUUGGCACUGUUGAACAAGAGGCACGCGAAGCGGAGGGAGGAAUUAGGCAAGAGCGCAGUCAGGAUUGACGAAAGUAUGUUAAAGAAGAAGGAGAUGACACAAAAGGGGGUAGAGAUGGAGGCACAAGAUCAGAGACAGGAGCAGGACAACGGUUUCUCUGAUUUGACAGAUAUGAAGAAUGAAGACUUCAUCUACGUAUACUAG